AUGCGCAACACUAUGACAGAUGAUAAACCUUCCAGCAAGCAAAGAGUUAUCAUUGCAUCAAACCGUCUACCACUCUCUAUUGACAAGUAUGACGGCAACUAUAGAGUGACACCAUCCAGUGGCGGCUUGGUGACUGCGCUGCGGGGCUUGAGUGUAGCCAACUACCUAUGGCUAGGAUGGCCAGGGAUAGAAAUUGGUGAAACGGAGAGAGAAGAGGUCUAUGCCGUUUUAGCAAAGGAAAACGCCGCUGCGGUUUACCUUAGCGAUGAAAUGGCUCAAAACCACUACAAUGGGUUCUCCAAUGAAAUUCUUUGGCCUAUACUUCAUUAUCAAUCCGGGGCUCAUAUGAACUUUGAGGCCUGGACUGCUUAUCAGCAAGUGAACGAAGUGUUUGCUGAUAGGAUCAGUGAAGAAGCAAAAGAUGGUGAUCUGAUAUGGAUUCAUGAUUAUCACUUACUUCUGUUACCAUCGAUGUUACGAGAACGCCUUAAGUCCCAGAAUAAAUGUUGUCCGAUCGGGUUCUUCCUCCACACACCGUUUCCGGUGGAUGAUUUCUGGCGAGGGCUUCCCGUACAGGGAGACCUACUUCGUGGUGUUCUUGGGAGCGACAUCAUUGGGUUCCAUACAGACGAGUAUAUGAAAAAUUUUAUCGGUGCAUGCAAGACACUUAUUGGUGCUGAUGUGAUGGAGCAUUCCGUCCAAUAUGAUAAUCAUACCGUCCGACUUGAUAAGUAUUUUGUCGGUAUCGACCCCCAAAAGUUCUCUGAUGCGCUCAACGACCAAGCUAUUAUCUCAAGGACCCAGGAACUUGAGUCUUUAUAUAAAGGCAAGACUAUAAUCAUUGGUGUGGAUCGCUUAGACUAUACAAAAGGCCUGCCGGAGAAAUUCCUUGGAUUCCAGGUCUUUCUUGAUGAGCAUCCAGAAUGGGCCGAGAAGAUCGUCCUCGUUCAAAUUGUUAUUCCGAGCCGUGAAGACGUUGCAAGGUAUAAGGAUCUUAAAGAUGAGAUUAGCAAACUUGCAGGCCAGAUUAUCGGAAAAUACGUUGGCAUGUAUACUGACAGACUAGCAACUCCACACUCGACACCGUUGCUUUAUAUUCAUCGUUCAGUCUCUUUUGAAGAGCUUAUAGCACUGUACUCUAUCUCGGACGUAUGUCUAAUUUCUUCGCAUCGAGAUGGGUUGAAUCUUGUGGCAUCGGAGUACGUUUCAUGUCAGGAAAAGCGACACGGAGUGCUAGUACUAUCCGAAUUCACUGGAGCAGCAACUUUUAUGAAAGGAGGCAGCUUAUUGAUCAAUCCCUCCGAUACGAGAACUAUUUCCCAUAUGCUGUAUAAGGCACUUACCAUGGAGAAUGAAGAGAGGAAGGCAAACUAUGAGGAAUUGCGAGACUUCGUCAAUACUCAUACAAGUGUCAAAUGGACGGAGACGUUCUUGAAUGAGCUGUACCAGUUGGGGAAUAGUAACUAG